AUGCUGUUGCUGUUCGUCGUCCUCAUCGGAGCCACGGUUGUCCUGGCCUCGUGUCGCAGCUCGAUAGACUAUCGGCACAGCAACAGCUACAAAGCCAGUCUUCAGAGGAGGUUUGGUGGCCCAAAGCAGCAGCUCAAGCAUGUGCAACAAUCGCCGAUCGCUGUCGACAGUACCUCAGACGGCUCUAUCUCACCGGAUGUUGACACGAGCCUAUCCCUCGAAGACGAAGGCGGAGCCUCGCGGCCUACAGAGGAUGAGCAAUCCGCCCAAGACGUCGAAGAUCCAAUCCCAGACUCGUCACCUGUGCAAAUCAACCUGGCAACCGAAAGCAAAGCCUCACCGCCUACAAAGGAUGAACAAUCCGCCCAAGACAUCCAAGAUCCAAUCCCAGACUCGUCACCUGUGCAAAUUAACCUGGCAACCGAAAGCAAAGCCUCGCAGCCUACAAAGGAUGAACAAUCCGCCAAAGACAUCGAAGAUCCAAUCCCGGACCCGCCACCUCUGCAAAUCAACCUCGCAACCGACGAAGACCCUAGCCAAAAUCCUGUACCAGAUCUCAUGGAUGUUGGACUAGAAGUGCCUGCGCCAUACACGUCUUCGAAAGAUCCAAUCCCGGACCCGCCAUCUUUGCAAAACAACGGGCCAACCGAUGGAGAUCCUAGCCACAAAAACGUACCAAAUCUCAUGGAUCCUGGGAUAGAAGUGCCUGCGCCCGACACGUCGUCGAAAGAGCCACUCGUCGAAGACGAAUCCAACGAGACGGAACAGCACUUGUCUCUAGAGAAGAGGGCAGAAUCUCUUCCGGAGUUCGUCUGGGUGCCAUUCGAAGAAGCCGUCAAGAACGAGGUCCUCCAAGGCUGGGAAGACGAAUGGGUGAGUUCGGGGACGUACGACGUCGAGAAAUGGGGGAAGUUGGAAGAGCCCAAGAUCGAUUUUGUCUAUCUAUGGGUGAACGGAUCAGAAAGCGACUUUCAACAGACCAUCAGACCGUGGGAAGAGCGGUCGAUCCUGAACGACGCCGAAGGGGAAUGGAUCAACUCGCACGGGGUGAACCGAUAUCGGGACUGGGACGAACUGCGCUAUUCGUUCCGCAGCAUCGAGAAGAACGCGGGCCAUUUCAUGAACACGAUCAAAGUCCUCGUAAACUCCAUUUACAAGAACGGUACCCCAGUCCGGAAACAGGCCCCCACCUGGCUUGCGUUCGACGACCCGCUGGUAUCCAAGCUUGUCCAGGUCAUCUCUCAAGAGGAGAUGUUCGAGAACGACAAGAAAGUGUGCUUGCCUGCGUUCAACUCGCUGACGAUCGAGAACCAGAUCUUCAAUACCAAGUCGGAAGUUGACCAGUUCUUUGCCAUGUCCGAUGACAUGUUGCUGACGCGAGAGCACGCGCCUGCGGACAUCUACUCGCCCCUGUUCGGCGCGGUUAUGAGCUUCAAGACCAACGGCUACAGCACCACGUCGGCACCGACCGAAGCCGACGCACACCGUUUUGGUGAAAAGCCGUAUCUGAUCUACACCUCGUGGCUCUUGAACCGUCGGUUCGGGGUCAGAAAACGCAAGGGCCAGAGCCACUUUGGACAUUCUCUCUCCAGAAGCAUCAUGCGGGAGGCCAUCGAGGCCUUUCCCCGGUCCGAGAUCCAGAGUGCCUGCAAGCGGUUCCGUGGCGAGCCGGGCUUCCAGCUGUACUCGUGGUACGUGACGAACCACUACAUAAUUGAGCGGCACCGCGAACUGCUCCUGUGGAGCUAUAUUAUGCUGCGCAGCGACGUGGACCGCGACGGGAUCUUGUCGUGGGAAGAACGGCAAACGAUCGCGGCCGAGCUGAAAAGGGGCCACAAGAAUGCCGAAAAGGCGGCUUUCCGGCGCAAGAUCUUCUACCACGUGCCGUCGAUGCUCGAGGAGGCCGGGCUCCGCGCGCCGCAGGUCAACACCAACUCGCUAUGGACGUCGCUCGACGGGCCCCACGCCAUCCGCAACGUCGACUGCGCCGAGUUCGCCCUCGACAACUGCCUAGCCCUAGGGUUCCUGACCGACAACUCGAACACAUCCCAUACAAACCCGACCUUCAGCGCCGCUGUCAUUUUCGACCGGCUGGCGCGCCAGAACCCUCAUUGCGGCGACUGCCUGCUCAAGGGCCUCCUGCAGCAGACACCCUCGGGUCUGAGCCCCUUGCUGCCGCACGCGGACACGCAGGCCGCUGACCGCGAGCUCGUCGUCAAGGGCGCCAUGCGCUACAAGUUCAUCGAGGUCGACCCGGGCGACACGCUGUUCGUCAUGGUCACCGACGCCGACCAAAUCGACAGCACCCUCUACCGCCACUACGUCAAGGAACACAAGCAGCUCCCCGGACAAAUGUGCCUCAACGACGACGUCGCCACCACCGACGAGCAGGAGUUGCAGGAUAUUCAGCACGCGAUGAGGGAGACCCUCGCUGGAUUGUUUCCCGACAAGGGCUUUGCUGAGCGGAGAAAAUAA